GUCCCGUGCUGUGCAUUCAGAUCAGCUCGUGCUGGGGACGUUACUGGUGCUCAUGGACGCUGCAAACGUUGGCAGCGGGGAACGUUUAGUAGGCGGAUCGGUUAAAAGUUGAAUAUCAACUUCCGCUGAGUAACGAGCGUUACUAAGAACGGAAUUGUCGGGGGAACCUUUUAUCGAACGCUUGCUCUUUGUUUUAGUUUUGCUUUAACGUGUAACCUAUCACGUGGUGGUAUUAUUUUAAGUCGUUUAAUCAUGGGGAUCCUCGGUCUUGUAACCGAGGUUAUUUGUAACCGGGGUUCUUUCAGAAUGGCUAGGACUCGGGAGAGUAGGCGUUCGCCACAUGGAUAUAACAUAUUUUCCUCCACGCAAGAAAGAAGCACGACCUCAAACAAUGCUCCCUUGUGUGUCCGUCAACAGCACACUAGCAGUGAAUCUGCAGACGGCUACUAUGGCAGUCUGUACCCCGGACAUAUUCCCACCACCGUUCUCCAGAAAGCCCUGUUGGCUGUCGGCUCAGGGGUCGCCGCACUGCAGAAUCCUUACAGGCAUGACAUGGUGGCCGUCCUUGGAGAGACCACAGGGUACCCGGCUCUGAUUCAACUCAGAAACCGAAUGAGAGACGAUCCAGAAGGGGACAUAAUCCUUACAGAAAGGCCAAGAAUCCGUCUGUCUACACUGGACCUGAACAAGAUGGCUUCCCUGCCUGACGGCUCGUUUGGAAGAGAGUACCUCCGAUUUCUUGACGACAAUAAAGUGACCCCAGACUCGCGGGCAGAUGUGAAGUUUGUUGACGAUGAGGAGCUGGCGUAUGUGAUGCAGAGAUACAGAGAGGUGCACGACCUGUUGCACACGAUACUGGGCAUGCCCACCAACAUGCUGGGUGAGGUGGCAGUGAAGUGGUUUGAGGCAGCUCAGACCGGGCUGCCCAUGUGUGUCCUUGGAGCCACACUAGGUCCACUGCGUCUCAGCUCAAGUCGCCUGGGGGCCCUGUUCAGCUCCCUGGGCCCUUGGGCCCUGCAGAACGGCCGGGGGGCCCGCUGUGUGCUCAGCAUCUUCUACGAGCGGCGCUGGGAGCAGAGCCUGGAGGACCUGAGGGGGGAGCUGGGCAUCCAGCCGCCGCCCCUCCUGGGCAGAGCCUCCCCCUGAGCCCCCCCCCUUCCCACUUAGGCCUGGGGGCACAUGACCCCUCCAGACAGGCGUAGACGGACCAGAAACCUCUCUGCUCGAAGCAUGAUUGGUGGGUCUAACAAUGGACGUGAAGGGCUCUUCAGUUGAAACUUCGGACGAAACUCGAGCUGUGUGCUCCGUUACAGAAGGGUAUUUUUGUCAGUCAGUCGUCCUUUAUGAAAGGUGAAGGACAAUUCGGAGAAUUUAACAGAGCAUAGUGAAAUUUGAAAAAAAUUUGUUUUUAAGAUUCAAGGGUUUUAUUGGUCACAUGCAUGAAAAUGUUCUGUUUCAGCUUGUUAUUUAUAGAGCUCUACUCAUGGCCAGAACUAUUUAAAGCUGUGCAUUGAAGUUAUGCAUUCAAAUGUUAAGCUUUUGAUUAUUUACUUUUGUUAAUUUUUCUUAUUUUUUCACCCUUGGAAGCUGGGUGCAUCGCUACAACAAAGUCUCUCAUAAAUGUGAAUUAUUAAUCUGCAAAUAUUUGAAGUGAUUAUUCAUUAAAUUUAUGUUAAUGAUUGACAAGUCAUGAAUUUGCAUGGUUAACUUAAUGGCUAAAUGUCAUAACAGACAAUAUUGUUCAUUUUCAUGUCGUCGUGGAAUUUAAACAGCUUGUUUGAAUAUAAAACAUCGAAACUUUGACACCCCAAUUUGACUCUUGGUUCAAAUCGAUCGACUACUCAACCAAACUGAAAAAAUUUAUAACGUAUUGUAUUGCUAAUGUGUUCAGUCAAUUGUUAAAGUGGUUUAAAUCCUAAUUUGACAAUGCUGCCACCUUUCGGAAUUCUACAGCCACUGCAAGAGGGGUGCUUUCCAUUUGUAGGACACUUGUCUCGCAAAGCCAAACCAAACUACAGCAAGUAGAAUGGUUUGGAACCACUCUAUUUAAAGACGUCUAUCCGGGGGGAAACUGGGGUGGCCUGUUUUUAUUUCUUUAAACCUAUCACAAUCGUCUAGGGCGGGGCAAACCCCGGGAAGCAGCAGCGGUGUCGAAGGGGAGCACAAUACGGGAAAGCCAGCAACAGGAAGGGGAGGAGACGAGUAAAGGUGGAAUUCGACGCUAGCGCUAUAGACGCUGUCCAUUUCCGCUCAGCCAGACUGGUAGGACACUGAUACUUGUAGGUAAAAACAGUUUAAUCGGCUGCUCAUAAUACAGCCGUAAUGUCUCAAAACGCCCUAACAUCUAACACUACAAAGGUUUUAUUGUGAGGCUUUCUGGACCAAGGUGUAAGAAAUAAAGACUAUAUAUAAUUUAAUGGUUGGUCAGAUUUUAUUCCAAACCCCAAACCAAACCGGCACAUUUCAUUUAAAGUCUUUGCCCCAAGGUUAAAUCAACCCAAAUUUAGGAACAUGAUGGUUAUGUUUCUAAUGCAAAUGUCUUCA